CGAGAUUUCAUGGUUUCCUAGGAGACGACGGCAGCAUUGAGGAAGAGGAGGGUUUGUUUUCCUUCUUCGGUGAUGUUUGCGCUGAGGAGCAGAGAACAGUUUACAGCAUGGAGCUGCCGGGCACGAUCAGAAAACGAUUAGAGGACUUCUCUCGAAAUGUUUUAUUCGACCAGAGUCGGACUCAAACUACCCCAAAGGAGAAUGAGACGUUUUUACCUCACGACAAGCGGGUUCUGUCUGGUCUCCACCUCCAGAUGUCUCUAUACUUUAACAUGUGGUUCUUCCCCCUGUGGUGGAUCAGCGAAACUGUAAUGCUGCACCUCAAGUAUCCUGCCUUGCCAGACUACUACAAGUUCAUCCUUGUAACUGUUCUCAUACUGAUGACUCUGAUCGAGGCAAUCAGACUCUUUCUCGGUUAUGCUGGAAACCUGCAGGAAAAGGUCCCAGAGUUGGCUGGAUUUUGGCUGUUGAGCAUCCUGCUGCAGUUUCCGCUAAUUCUGUUUCAGCUUUUCAAUGAAGCAAUUCUCAUACAGCCGCUGGAGAGGGGCGUUCACAUAGUUCUCGCCUUAUUUAUACUCUCACAGGCCCUCUCUGGUUUUGUGACACUGCGGGACUUGGUCAGACACACAGAAAGCCAGUUUCAUCUCCGACAAUUCCACUGAAGCUCUGCUGCAUAUGAACACACUGGAAAACAAGCUCAUAUCACGUCUUCCAGACUCUCAGACUGACAAGAAAAACUUGAUGUGUACAUAGAGUGUUUUGUACCCACAACUUCACAGUGAAAAACAUAAAUGUUUGACAUAUUUGUUGUCUCAUUAUGUUC